AUGGGAGCCCCGAGCUGCCGGGGGCACGGGCCGGGGGCUGCCGGCCUCGGGCAGAGCCAGCGCCGCCGUCCCGCUGCCGGGGCCGCUGCCGGGGCCGCUGCCGGGGCCGCUGCCGGCCGCCCAUCACGGCGCGCCCCGCAGCCGCCGCCGCGGCAGCCCGCGGGCCGCUCCGGAGCUCCGCAUGCCGGCACCGGGCGGCACUGCGGGGAGCCCGGCGGGGAGCGGCCGGCAACAGCCCAGGCCGUUGUGCGGGCGCUGGUGGGUUCGCUGCGGUGCCAUCCGUGGGACCCCGGGGCUGCACUGCUGACCCUCUGCAGGCUCCGCACACACCAGUGGUGCUUCAUCCUCUUCAAUGUCUUGCUUUUCCACAUGCUGCUUUUUGGGGCAGAUUUACUGGAGCAGUACUUCCUGCAUUCCCUGCCUCUGUCAUACACCGAUGCAAAGGCUCUGGAGAUCAGGGAGAGGGCCAGGAAGCUGGAUCUGGAUCCUCUGAAGGCCAACCUCUCUCACACCAGCAGCAGUUCAGUGACUUGCUCCAAUCAAGAGAUAUUUCUGCUCAUUGUUGUCUGCAGCAGCCCAGAAAACAGGACAAGGCGCAAUGUGAUCAGGCAGACCUGGGGCAAUGCGACAGGCUCCAGGGGUUACAGCGUCCUGACUCUGUUUGCUGUAGGAAAGGCAGCUGCAGCAAGCACCCAGCUGGAGAUCAAUGAAGAGGCUCAAAAGCACCGAGACAUUAUUGAAGGCAGUUUCAUCGAUUCCCCCCAGACGCAGACACAGAAGAUGCUGAUGAGCGUGGAGUGGACGGUGACUUUCUGUCCCCGUGCCAGGUACAUCCUUCACACAGCCCAGGAUGUGUUUGUGGGUGUUGCCAGCCUGGCUGGGUACCUGCUGAGCUUAACCCAGCUGGAGGACAUCUACCUUGGGAGGGUGGUUCAUCACGGAGUGCCUGACAGGGACCCCCAGAGCCCCGGCUUUGUCCCCAUCCAUCAAUACCCCGAGGAGUUCUACCCGGAUUUCUGCCACGGCAGCGCUUUCCUCAUGUCCCAGGACGUGGCUCGCAAGGUUUACGUGGCUGCCAGGGAGGUGCCCCUGGCAGUGCCCCCAGCUGCUUUUGUAGGGAUCUGUGCUCAAAGAGCUGGCAUCACUGCCAGGCACAGCUCCCGCUUUGCUGGGGAGAAGCACAUCAGCUACAAUCGAUGCUGCUAUAAAUUCAUUUUCACCUCCUCUGACAUGAGAGAGGACGAGCUAUUUCAAGACUGGAAGGAAACAAGCAAUGGGGAAGAUUGUUCCUUACUGGAAACCUACUACAGCCUGGUGUCCUGCAAGGUUCUGACCUACAUUGAUAAGUUCAAACAGUUCAACUUGGAUAGGAUAAAAAAUGAGCUCCUUCAUUUUGUCAAUUAAUGUUUAACUUCUGCAAAAAGAGGCUGGAUUUUCUUUCAUCAGCUGUGUUAUCCAGUUAACAUUCAGUACUGAGGAUCCCCUCCCAAAGUUUGCUCUUUUCCCUUCAGCAGCAGAUGA